CGCCCUCCGGUUGAUUGGCAGGAAGACCAAGCGGGCUGGUUGCUAUAGAAACGAGGGAGCUCCUGUGCCCGACUGACUGUCCUCACCACCCGAGACCUCUGCCAGCCAGAAUUCGGGGAGAAUGGCGUUCGCUCCACCCAAGAAUGCAGAAGGAGCGAAACUCCAAACAAAAAUGAGCACAUGGACGCCGCUCAACAAUCCGCUCAUGAAUGACAAGGUGUUUGAAGAAAGAAGAGAUUUGCUGGGAAAGUGGUUUGACAAGUGGUCGGAUACCCAGAGACGGAGGAUCCUCUGCGACCUCUUCGAGAGAUGUUCCAUGUCACAGCUCAGGUUCUGCAACAACCACCUGCAGGAGAAAGUCCCACGAGAAUCUCUGGACUUCACAACGGUGCUGCCCCGGGUUCUGUCUCUCUACAUCUUCUCCUUCCUGGACCCCCGCAGCCUCUGCCGCUGCGCACAGGUGAGCUGGCACUGGAAAACCCUGACAGAACUGGACCAGCUAUGGAUGCCCAAGUGCCUGCGAUUCGGUUGGUACAUCAACUUUUCCCCAACACCUUUUGAACAAGGCGUCUGGAAGAGACAGUACAUAGAGACGGUGAACGAACUGCACGUCACAAGACCCAAGACUCCACCCAAAGACGACUUUGUAGUUAUUGACGUCAAGCCAAUUAAUAAAGAAGCUUUGGAUACUUCCCUCACCCACCGAUCGAUGUCGGGCAAAUCCCAUGACAGGGGGAAGAAGGAGGUCCCGCCCUGGCGCUCCUCAGAUAAACAUCCCUCCGACAUUGUGCGAUACAACUACCUGGAUAACUUUGACCCUAUCGAGCAAGCCCGACAGGCGAAAAAGACCAGCUCAGCCGUCUCAAUUUUGAACAAGCAGAACCUGGAGCAAAAAAGGACACAAUCGUCUGCUUCCUACAAGCUGCGCAAAGCCAAGUCCUUGCCGCGUAAAUCACCGUUUAGACACGCAGACAAUAAACAGAUGUCAAUUGCAGCUGAAUUUAGGAAAAUCCCUAAGGCCCCAUCCAGACCGAACUGGGCCGCCCACCUGAACGGAGAAUACCCAGCAAAUAAGACAACGGCAAAGACCCUGGCACAAAGCACCGAAUGGAAUGCGGGUAUAAGACCUGCACCGGUACGGGCGGGGGUGCCCAAAUUGUCCAAGAAGGGGAGCAAGGCCUGUGUCCGCACAUCCAGAAGCUCUCCAACAAUAGCUCUGUUUGAGAGUCAGCCAUGGCAGAUCCCGGCAACAGCUCGCGAUUCAGAUGACGAGUAAGACCCCAGAGGAGGCCAUAGGAGGAAUUGGCAUUGGGGACAUGGGGCAAAUGCCCAAAAGGACACUUUUCUUUUGGUCAAAUGAAGGCCCACUUGUAAUAGUGAAAAGACCUUCUUCUUUGUUGUACAUGCUUAACCUAUGGCGAGCCAAUGGAUUCCCUCUAGAUGUACAGUACAUUGUUCAACUGAGCCAUGUAAACAGGUACAUGGGUUUUAUAUUGUA